AUGUCUGUCGUCCACCCUUUUGAUCCUCUCUCACCUCGGGAAAUCGCUCAGGCUGCCCAGAUCGUUCGCGAAGCAUUCAAGGGACAUGAUAUCAAUUUCCGAGUGAUCACUCUCCAAGAGCCGCCCAAACAGCAGAUGGUCAUUUUCCUUGCGAAAGAACAUCUCGGGGAGAUUCAAUCAUCGCGACCUUCACGAGCUGCAAGAGUUCAGGUCACCGUCCCAUCUGCAUCGAAGUCGUACGAGUUCAUUGAACUGCUUCUUGAUCUUGACUCUGCGAGAAUUACAAAAAAGGAGCACCUGGUGGGAAAGCACCCCUACAUCGACAGCGAGUACAUGCAAGCUGUUGAAAAAGCUUGUAAAGAGGACAAACUAGUUCAAGCAGAGAUUCAGAAGCUCAAAUUGCCAGCGGGCGCCUCUGUCGUUAUUGAACCAUGGGCCUACGCAACGGAUGGAAUGAAGGAUAUGUCGGAGCGAACAACCAUGUGUUGGUUCUAUAUGCGCCUUCUUGACCACCCCGAUGCAAACUUUUAUGCAUACCCCCUUGAUGUAUGCGCAGAAGUAUCAGAGAAACUUGAAGUGACUCAAAUAUACCACUUACCAUCCUCCGAGAAGGACUGGGUUUUUGGACAUGCACGGCCUUAUGACCAUGCCAAGCUCCAUUCUCCUGCACUGAGUGAGUAUCAUCCCGAUUUGCGACCCACGCCUCGCACAACUACGAAGCCCUAUCAGGUCAUCCAACCAGAAGGUCCGUCUUUUCAAGUCACUGGGAAUCUGUUGAGCUGGGAGAAGUGGACUAUGCGCGUGGGGUUUAAUUACCGUGAGGGCUUGACACUUCAUGAUAUUCGCUAUGAGGACCGAAGUCUAUUUUACCGUCUAUCUUUGUCGGAGAUGUUUGUGCCAUACGGUGAUCCGCGAUCUCCAUACCCUCGAAAGGCCGCUUUCGAUCUUGGGAAUGAUGGUGCUGGUCUCAAUGCCAACAAUCUACGCCUUGGAUGUGAUUGCCUUGGUCUGAUCAAGUACUUUGAUGGCUGGCACAACACUGCAUCCGGUGAUCCACUCAAGCUUCCAAAUGUGGUCUGCUGUCAUGAACAAGACGAUGGUAUCUUAUGGAAACAUACAAAUCAUAGAACACAGAAUGCUGUGGUGACUCGGUCCCGGAUUCUGGUGUUACAGACGAUCAUUACGGUCAGCAACUAUGAAUAUAUAUUUGCAUUCCACUUCGGCCAAGAUGCUUCAAUCCAUUAUGAGGUGCGAGCGACCGGGAUUUUGUCCACUUGCCCAAUCAACACGAAUGACAAGGUUGGCUAUGGCACAAUUGUUGCACCUGGUGUUCUUGCCCCAUACCACCAGCAUCUAUUCUCGUUACGAAUUGACCCGGCAAUCGACGGGAAUGAGAACUCCCUGCAAGUCGAGGAGUCUCACCCCAUGCCAAUUGAUGACCCAAGUAUUCACAAUUCCUUCGGCGCUGGCUAUACCACAAAAUCAAAGAUUAUCACCGAAGAGGGUGGCCACGAUCUCGAUUUCGCAACCAAUCGCACGUUCAAAAUGAUCAACGAAAACAAGGUUAACCCUAUCACUGGAACACCAGUGGGUUUUAAGAUUCUGCCAUGCUAUAGCCAGAUGUUACUCGCUCACCCCAAAUCAUACCAUUCCAAGCGAUCUGAAUUCGGUAGCCAUGCCGUCUGGGUGACUCGCUACCAAGACGACGAGCUUUUCCCAGCUGGUCGACACACGAUGCAGUCGCUAGGUGGUGAAGGAAUCAAGUCUAUGAUUGAGCAGCGCAAGGACGAUCCCAACGGGAACUCAAAUGUCCGCAAUGAAGACAUCGUCGUCUGGCACACAUUCGGGUCUACGCAUAACCCUCGCAUUGAGGAUUGGCCCGUCAUGCCCUCUGAGAGGAUGGUCGUGGGCUUGAAACCAAUCAACUUCUUCACCGGCAAUCCUGGUCUGGACGUCGCUGUCUCCAGCCAAGACAAAAGCCAAAGCGUGUUGGUUGAAGAUGCUCCAGCUGUCAAAUCGGUUCCUUGUUCACAUUUGUGA